UUAUGUUGAUGAAAAUUGAAAAUUUUCUACAAAAGCAGAAAGUUCACAAAUUUUAUCGCAAAUUUUAGAAAAAAACUUUCCAUUUUUAUUCAAUAAAUCUAAAUAAAAAUAAAAGAAAAAUGUCUACAGAAGAUUGGCAAAGUCCUAAAUUUCGACAAAGUGUUGUUUUAAAGAUCAAUGAAAUGCUCCAAACAACUGGCUCCGAUCCUUCAAAAAAUGCAACCGUCAUGGAAAAUCAUAUUUACAAAAAAGCCCGCAACAAGGAUGAAUAUCUUGGAUUGGUUGCUAAAUUAUUUAUGCAUUUUAAAGAAAUGGUUAGCCGAAGUAGCACAGCUGGAAAACCACAACAGCCACCUAAUGCUGAUAUGGGUAAUUCCAAUGUUAUGCAAGAUCCACUUAAUGCAUUGCAAAACCUUGCAACUCAGGGCAAUCGUAAUGCCCAAAUGAUGCCAAUGGGUGGUGGCCAACCAAAUCAAAUGGCACCCGGACCUGUUGUCGGUGUUAAUGCAGCAGCAUCUAAUCUACUUCAAUCUUUGAAUCAGCAACGCCCUGGUCAACAAAUGCAAAAUAUGCAAGGAAUUCGUGGCCAAAUGAAUGUACCAAUGGGUCCAAAUGGUCCACAAGGUAAUGCCGGUCCAGGCAACAUGGUUCCUCAAAUGGGAAACAAUAUGGGCAAUGCCAAUUUAAAUAUGAUGGGCAAUCAGCCUCAACAAAUGGGCAAUCAAAUGGGAAUGCCUGGACAAAUGAAUCAAAUGGGUGGAAAUCAAAUGCAAAUCAAUGCAAACAUGCAAGGCCAACCGAUGGGUUCAAUGAAUGUUCCUCAGAUGCCAAUGAAUUCAAUGAAUCAGAAUCAAAUUAAUAUCGGUUUGAAUCAUCCACAACUGAAUCAAAUGAUGACACGAAUGAAUAACAAUGCUCCAAUGAAUGUUGGACCACAAACUGUUAAUCAAGCGAUGCAUAAUCAAAUGAGUGGUGGACAAAAUAUGCCAAAUAUGCCACAACAAGGACAAAUGCAUCCGAAUAGUGUCAAUGCUGGACCACAAGUUGGAAUGCCUCAAAAUCCUGGACAAGGAGGAAAUAUCAAUCAAAUCAUUAAUAUGCCCAACAUGCAACAGAAACAAAAUAUGCCAAUUAAUCAAGGAGCGGCCAUGUUCCCUGGUAACCGGAAUGUAAGUCAAACACAAUUUUUACGCCAAAGUCCAAGUCCUACGGUUGCGUCGCCUGCUGGAAUGGGUCAGCAAAUUCCUCAAACACAACAGCAAUUGCAACAACAACAGUUGCAGCAGCAACAAGCUGCUGCACAACAGCAGGCUCAGCAGCAACAAGCUCAACAACAACAACAGCAACAACAACAGCAGCAACAACAACAGCAGCAACAACAACAACAGCAGCAACAACAACAGCAGCAACAGCAACAACAACAACAGCAGCAACAACAACAACAACAACAGCAACAACAACAACAGCAGCAGCAACAACAACAGCAGCAACAAUCCAUAUUACCAAAUCCUCAAAUGAUUCCAAGUCCGGCUUUGGUGCCUUCAUCAAGUCCACAAAUGUCUGGCCUGAUGAGCAACAAUCCAAGAUCCAUUCGUCAAUCACCAAAUCCAAAUGCUCCUUUGAACACACCUGGUCAAGUAUCUGCAACCAGUCCAUAUAAUUCACAAGAAGAUAUCCUCUAUCGAGAGAAAUACAAACAAUUGACCAAAUACAUUGAACCACUAAAGCGGAUGGUAGCGAAAAUAGGAAAUGAUGAUGUUGAAAAAAUAACAAAAAUGAGCAAACUAUUGGAAAUUCUUUGUAAUCCAAAUCAAAGAGUACCCCUGGAAACUCUUGAAAAGUGUGAAAUUGCUUUGGAAAGAAUGGAUAUCGUUUCAUCUUAUGGCACUCAAUUUGGUAAAUCUUCAAAUCCACUUGUGGAUGCUAUCAAUACAACACUUCAAAGUCCUAUUGUAAAUCAUACAUUACAAAGAUCUUUCAAACCUAGUUUGGAAUUGCUCUUUGGCACAGAUAUCAGUGCUCCAACGUCAGCCAAACAGCCGCGUAUUCAGCACGAGGAAACACCACAAGACAUCCCACACGUGUUGCAAGGUGAAAUUGCACGUUUGGAUCAGAAGUUUAAAGUUUCUCUAGACACAUCUGCACAAAACAAUAACAAGAAUAUUAAAUUGAUUUGUUGUUUGGAUGAUAAACGGCUGCCAUGUGUUCCACCUGUUAGUGUUAAUAUUCCAGAGGAAUAUCCAUUUACAUCACCAAAUUGCUCUCUCACCGAACAGGAGUACUCGGCUACACCAUUUUUGUUAGCAGUCCAAAAUGCUCUUAUGGCUCGCAUUGCCAAAUUGCCCAAGUGUUAUUCACUAUCUCAUUUAUUGGACACUUGGGAGAUGUCAGUGCGUCAGGCUUGUUCACCAAAUGCUGUCGCUAUUACUGAUUUUAGUGCUUUAUUUGGCAUUUAAAUCAAAAUAGGCUUCUAGUUAAGCAAUAAAAGUUAAACAAUUUUUUUUAAUAAAAUAUACCUACCCAGAAACAUAAAAAUCGUAGUUAUAU